CUGUAAGCCAUGCAAAGCAUUAUCGUGAGCGCAACACUAUCGCGAACCAAGACGAGGAAUACAGUCUAUGCUCAACAUCCUACACGGUUGAAGCUAUCGCAUCGAGGACUGCGCCGCCAGCGGCCUGAUGCCUUUAGCUCGCCAAGACGACCCGCCGUGGUCGCCCCAGCUCAAUAAUCAAUCCAUCAGCGGUUUAUCUGCGACAGUCAAUUCCACCCUUUUAGCAGGCCACUUUCUUGGGGAUGUGCACAUUGGCGAAAGCAAAAGCUUGGACGAUGUACUCGGGUCCCUGCCUAUCGCAAAGGACGCGCCAUUCAACGCAUACAUCCGCCAGGACGAACCUGCCUGCCUCCAUAACACACGCGUCGACCUUCUGCAAGAAAUAUAUGACUGGGCUGAUGGAAAAGCUGGACACAAUGAGCGAUGCAUCUUCUGGCUGAGUGGCCUAGCUGGGACGGGAAAGUCAACAAUCUCCCGCACCUUAGCCCGCAGAUGCAAUGAGCAGAAGCGUCUUGGAGCCAGCUUCUUCUUCUCAAGGGGCGGCGGAGACGUGAGCCAUGCCGGCAAGUUCUUUACAAGUCUUGCCGUACAGCUCGCGGAUGCUGUGCCGUCUCUCCAAACACAUAUCUGUGAUGCUAUAAGGAAGCGGAGCAACAUUGCGAAUCUGUCUCUUUUAGACCAGUGGCGCGAGCUUAUCAUCCAUCCGUUAAAGUUAGUCAAGCCAGACAAGCCCUCAUCUCCAUCUUCCUAUCUGCUUAUCAUUGAUGCCCUUGAUGAGUGUGACAACGAAGGCCACAUUCGCACAAUUCUGCAGCUUCUAGCUGAAGCUCGAUCGUUAACGACUAUGAGACUCCGAGUCUUUUUGACAAGCAGACCUGAAGUUCCAAUUCGACACGGCAUACGGGCUAUCCCACAAGCCGAAUACCAGGACUUCGUACUCCACAGCAUACAACCCACGAUUGUCAACCAUGAUAUCUCUCUGUUCCUAGAAUACGAGCUGGGGAUGAUCAGGCAGGAGUGGACUCUUGGAGCAAACUGGCCAGGCGAAGUGAUUCUGAGACAGCUAGUAUGUAAAUCUAGUGGCUUGUUUAUCUGGGCUGCUACUGCUUGUCGCUUUAUUCGUGAUGGGAGGCGAUUUGCACCCAAGAGACUGGACACAAUUCUCAACGGUAGUAGUAGCACUGUUACCGCACCAGAGAAGCAUCUCAAUGAGAUUUACCUUGCCGUUAUCAAGCACUCGAUCUCUUUGGACUAUUCGGAUGAAGAGCAAGAAGAGGCAUACGAUAUGUUAAAGAACACGCUUGGAAGUGUAGUGGUUUUGCUCUCUCCUCUUUCUGCUUUUUCACUAAGUAGGCUAUUACACCUUCCAAGGGAAGAGGUCGACCAGAUAUUUGAGGACCUUUAUGCAAUCCUUGAUAUUCCAGAGGACCCGACUUACCCAAUCCGCCUACACCACCCUUCACUUCGCGAUUUCCUCUUGAAUAAAGAUCGAUGUGAGGAUUUCUGGGUAAAUGAGAAAGAAGCACACCAAAUAUUAGCUGCUGGCUGCAUACAGCUAAUGUCCCAGACACUCAAGAAGGACAUUUGCGAAAUGCAUGCCCCUGGUAGUCAAGCCGGCCAGGUUGAGAGAAACUGUAUUCAGAAAUACCUUCCGCCCGAAGUUCAAUAUGCAUGCCUUUACUGGGUCCAUCAUCUGCAAAGGAGUGGUUCUCAGGCUUCCAACGGCCAGGAAGCCCACCGAUUUCUGCAGGCUCAUUUACUGCACUGGCUUGAGGCGCUCGGAUGGAUGGAGAAGACUUCAGAGGGGAUUCAAGCAAUAUUGUCCUUAGAGGCUUAUGUUUCGGUUUUGAAAAGUCCGAACUUAUAUGCAUUUAUCUAUGAUGCAAAGCGAUUUGCUUUACACAAUCGAUCAGUAAUUGAACAAGCACCCCUUCAAUUGUAUUGCUCAGCCCUUGUCUUUGCCCCAGAGAAAAGUAUUGUCCGAAAGACAUUUGAGAAGUGUAUCCCGUGUUGGAUCCAACAGAGACCCAAAGUCCAAGAGCAUUGGGAUACUUUGCUGCAAACGCUCGAGGGCCAUUCUGGCUCGAUCACGUCAGUCGCCUUCUCCCCCGACGGCAAGCAGCAGGUCGUCUCUGGCUCUUACGACAGGACCAUCCGGCUCUGGGAUGCCGCGACAGGAGCACUAAUGCAGACGCUGCCAGCACUCGAGGGCCGCUCAAGUUGGGUCACGUCAGUCGCCUUCUCACCUGAUGGCAAGCAGUUGCCAAUCUUACAAGUAUCGGAUCAUUGGGUAGUGGAAGACAAUACAAAUAUUCUCUGGCUGCCUCCCAAUUAUCGGCCAAUUUGUUCAGCUACUUGGAACGGAAGUCUUGCUAUAGGGCAUUCAUCUGGAAGAAUUUCAUUCUUUUGCUUUACAAAGGGAACAAAGCUUGUUAUAUAAAAUUAAAAAGUAAAAUAUCUUUAUUUCUUGGAGGG